AUGGCCUCUAAAAUUGAGAUAGAAAAGUACAAUUUUGAUCAAAGUCUAUUAGCAUUUGAACGUAAAAGUAAUGCUCCUGAAAUAAUAUGCCGGGUGGUACAAUCAUUUUUAAAAGGACUACAACAAAAUUCGAUAGUGUUUUACGGCGAUCAAACGAUUAAAAUAGCGGAAAUUGCUUGCGGGCCCGGCAAUCGAACGAUUGGCUACUUUAAAGGCAUCGAUUUUCAACCAGGCUAUGACAUUAGAGCAACUGAUAUCAAUGCUACAUUCACCGGUGAAAAUGGCUUUAACUUUUCAUCUUGCAAAGGCAGUGAAGACACUAAUGCUGCAUCUAUACUAGGCAAGAACGAAAAAAAUCUAGGGUUAACAGUCAAAGCCUACUUACAGGCUAUUACGACUCAAAGUAUGCCGUUAAAGACGUUCUCGAUUAAAAGAGGAAAUGCCUUCCUCGAGAAUCCACUCCAUUUACUUGUUAGCAGAAGUGAUGAUAUUCAGUCUGAAAGAAGUACAUUUUCCUUGGUAAAUAUUUUCCAUUGCUUGUAUUAUGUAUUUAACGAGAAGGAACCUGAGGAAGCUUUUCAACGGUUUUUUCAUUCUUUAAAACACGAUAUUUUAGCUGACAACGGCGUAGCGCUAUUUUGUCAUAGUACACUCAAGCCAAAUAGUCAUAUAGCAUUAGAAUACAAAUAUGCAUUUCAAUCAAUACACGAUAUCCAUCCUACUACACAAGAAUAUGAAAAGUAUUCGUUAGAUCAUAUCAUCGAAAAAAAUUGUCAACAAAAUAAUCUGCCUUGUUAUAAAGUGGAAUUUCUUACAAAAGUUCACUUUACUCAAGCUUUAUUCGAUCAACAAGAUAUUAUUCGAGAUAUUUAUCGAUAUGACGAGCUCGAUGAAAAUGCAAUCGAUGACAUUCAUCGAUUGCUAUUUAUAGCCCGUCGAUCACCAAUGGAAUUAUAUAAGGAUAAAUCUGAUAUUGGUCUCAAUCAUUUAUUGGAUACAGUCCAGGCUAUCGUUCGAAAUGACGGAGGUAUCCUCGAACACAAUGCUCUUCAAGUAGUUCUGAGCCAAAAUGCAAGUCAGCAGCAGAAGCAAGCGGUUAUGAACAUGGCGGAAGCUAAAACAAAAUUAGUUGAUUCAAAGGUGGCUUGA